GCGUUCCCCAGGCAGUUGUGGCGGUUUUCCUACUAGGCAGGGGGCGUGGCUUGAUGACUCAUUUUGAUGAUACUAUUUCCAGGUAGUGUGACUGGCUGGAGAGUGGCAUCUAUUUCUGAAGACACAGCAUCUCCGGAUCUGCUGCUCUUCAUUGCUUCACACCACCUAUACUUCGUGGACUUUUGGCCAGUCACCAGGGUCCAGACCUCAGGACUAAACCCUGGGGUGGAUGCUCUAGACAUGGCUGUCCAUGAUAAAUGGGGCAUCUGUCACCAAUGAGGAUCAUGGUGACGGGAAGCUGCUGAGCUGGAAAAACAGCUGCCAUCCUGGGGCUGGAGAGAGGAAACAGGAGGCCGUGGAGAAAUGAGGCCAUUUUCAUUUAUCAUGUUCCCAAAGGACUGUUCCACCAGAAGGCCUGAUGAUUUGUUUAGGAUUUUCAUCAAAAUGAUUGCAUGCCACCCUCACAACAGCCUCUGAGGACACCAAGGCCUGAAGAGAUUCAGUGACUGGGCCAACAUUACAGUGCAGUGACAGCACCCCUGUGCUAGGAUUCCUUUCCCUACCCUGGAUGGUGACAAGUUCCAAGGAGGUGGAGGAUAAGAGCCUCAGGACAAAGACACUGAUUCUGACAGAUGAUGGCCAUGCUUUCCAGAAGUCAGAAAUGCAGGGACAAAGAGCAAGAUAAAUAAAUCACUUCUAUGCUGUGCCAUGAUUCCUUCUAGAAAGAUGGGGUAGAAGGAACAUUUGGGUAGUUAAAGGACUGGAGUACUGCAAAAAUGUGGGGAUUAGAGAAUUUGCUCUGACCUUCACGAUUCUCUCCUUGAGCUCCUCCUUCAGCUAAUACACUGCAUCCAAAGAGGACAACUGAGUCACUGGGGACAUGGAUUCUCCACACUGGGCUCUAGAGGUUGAAGCCAGAGAUGUGGGAAAAAGAAGUUCUGAAAGGGAAUAAGGAUUCCUCUACCUUAAACUAAGCAUGAAAGUGUCUUGUGGGGGUGCCAUUCUCCACCCGAAAAGCUAGAGGACAUGGCAGAGGAAUUAUCGUGGAGGGAUCUCAGCGAUGACAAUUUACAACCAGAAUCCAUAAAACUAGGAUCAAGAUGGUCCAUCUCCACCCUGGUAAAAACUAUGUGUUCCCUUAGCCACAUGGCAGAGGACAACUUUGAAAUUCCUGGAACAAAGAGACUUUUUGAGACCCUCGCCGAAAAUGACAUACUGUAUGAGAGAAAAAUUACUUAUGUCAUUGGACAAAUGGAAAAUCAUCCAAAGAUUUUCUCCACCAAGAGAUCUGCACAUCGUCUCAUCCUCCCUCCCUUUCCCUUAAAGAGGAGAUGGAGUGAGCUGGCUCUGCCGACGUUUGUGACAACAGAAGAAGGCAACCAAGGGCAGGAGGGUGAUGGUGUGAAGGCAUUAGACACAUCUAAGGAGACAUCUGCCUCACUGGGUGUAACAUCAGAGAGGACACAUGUGGAGGCUGAGACUGGCCGUACCAUCACUUUCAGUCACACAACGCUGGAUGUCUUGUACUUCCUAGAGGACACCACGUGCCAGAAGUACCAUGGACCACCAGAUGAUGCUGGCAUUAUGGAGGAAACCACCAAUAUGGAUUUGAAUGACAGUAUCAGCCAGACGACAAGUGAUCUCAUGUUCACUGUUUCCCCUCCACAGCAUGGGAGCAGCCAAUAUGAAACAGUCAAAGACUUAAUAAGUAGGGAAUCACCAUCUACAUCUGCCAAUGAACAGCCCCAGGAGGUACCCAUAGCCUCCAACAGGCACAGGAGAAGGGGCUGGAAGGGCCUGAGGAGGCAGGCUCAGAACCUAUUUCGAAGGUUAUGUUUCUGUCUUCCCACCCCAAGGAGAGGAGGCACGGCAUCCAGGGCUGAAGAUGAGGCCCAGGCCCGUGGUUCCUAAACCACAGGUCUGUGUUCGGCCUGGUGGGGCAUAACAGCCAUAGGAGGGAACCAGGCCAGAACGAGAAAGGAGGAGGUUUGCCCCAAACCUCUUGUUAGCUGCCAGACACUGCCAGCAACCAGGGCACAAGCUCUGUAACCCUCCUCUGCUGCAGAGUAUGAGGCUUAACUUAACUGGUCCCAAGCACUAGUGGCUGGACAGAGAAGCCAGCCACAGAAUCAUCUGGUGAUGAAGAGGCAUCCAUCCUGCUCCACAGUCCACAUGGAGAAAAGUGGUAAAGAGGCACAGAAUGAGGAGGGGAGAAGAGGAGGCAAGUGGGAGAUGUCAAGAGAGAAAAGCAGUAAGAGCGGGAGGAGGAAAUGGCAUGAAGCAGGACGAGGAGGAGGCGACUUGUCCAGAGGAAAUUCCAGUCUGGCAGCAGGAAAGUAAGGGAUGAAUGUGUAGCGUGACGAAAGAGGCCAAGCCAAGCAGGAGAAGGAGCAAAAUUCCCCUCAAGAGGAGAGUUGGGGCUCAUGGGGCACAAGACAUGGUCUUCUCCUCUUGUGUACCCUCUGCUCUUGUCCUGGGGUGUUCAGGCAGGGUGUGGCUGUAGAGAAGAGAAGCCACAUGGUUCCCAGGAGCCUCUUCCUCUUUCUGCUGGACCCUGUCUUGGAUUGAUCUGGUGACAUCUGUGUCUUUGUCUUCACUGCCUUCUUCCUUCAGGGCCAAGGUGCUUGCUGUCCACCCAUCCAAAGACUACUCAAACUUAUAAAUUUCAUGUCCCAUGGGGGACUCCUUGAAUUUGUGAAUAGGUGAGCAGUGCUUGACAGGGCUGUGGAACAUCACUGCCCAGACAAGGCCAGAAAACUUGGGAAUUCUUUAAGCCCAGUACCACCUUCAGGGUUAGGAUUAGAAGGAAACCUAAUUGUCAAGACACUGUAGAUGACAGCUGGUGGUGUGGUCUAGAGCCUUGCUGAGUGAGCUGUCUGCAGUCUUCUCCUGCCCACCUUUCACAUAGGGAACAUCUUCUUGAGUCACCAAAGGGCACCCCAGCUGACAGAGGGUUGCAGGAGUCUAAUCUUCCAGGAUCAUUCGGGUAUAGUAAAUUUGUGCCCACUGUGUUUCUCCUUGUGGUGGAAGAUGAGUUUCUACAUCCUGGUCUUGAUGUACAUCAACCAUCCCUACUGUGUUCCUUUCUUGGCAGAGGCUGAUGGCUAUGGUCAAUGGGAGUAUGGUCCUUUGUGACACCUUAUUAGUUUGUCUGGAAUCCACUUCAUUGGCCACAUCUUGUACCUGUAGCCAUGACCAAGUCCUUUAUACAGCAUGCUCACCCUAGCCCUAGUGACAGUCAUAGUAUAAUGGGUCAACAUUAUAUAUAAUUUUACAAUACCAUUCAGUUCUACAUAUCAGCCAUGGUUCCCCUAUUCUCCCCCCUCCCACUCCCUCCCCUUACC